CUUGGCACGUGUUAGUGACAAUGAGCAGAGCUGAAUGGAGAUGGAGCGUUGAAUAGAUGGAUGAGCUGGGAUAAAAAGAAGGUUUACCUUUGCCAGGUUGAGCUGGAGGUGGUCUUCCUUCAUCCAGGUUGCAAUAUCAGUGAGACAUGCAGAGAUUCCAGCUGAUGCCAUGUGGUACCCUGGAAGGAAUGACAGAGUUGAUGGAGAAGGACAACACCAACAACAUGGAUGUGGUGAAGGAGCUGGUGGAAUGGGGCUUGCAGCUGCUGAAGAAGAGAGACGAGCUGAAGGAGAAAGAACGGCGCCUGAGGGAGGAGGACAAGCGACUGAGGGAGGAGGAGCAAUGGCUGAAAGAGAAGGAGCAUCUGCGUAGGGUCAAGGAGCAACUGCAGGAGGUGCAGGAGCUGGAGCACCAGGAGCAGACACGGCGGCUCAAUGAGGAGGACGAGGAGGACGAGGAGGAAGUCAGCAAAUCCCAUCCGUUGACCGAUGAGAUCUGGCAGCAGUUGGAGGAGCUCCGGCAGCAGUGGGAGGGUCUGCGGGAGCGCCAGGGGGUGAAUCCCCAGCAGUGCCAGCUGGAGCGCCACCACUGGGAUGAGGAGAGGCGGCAGUGGGAAGAGGCCUGGCAGCGAUGGGAGGCGGAGCGGCAGAAGUGGAAAGAGGACUGGAAGCUGAGGAAGGUCGACCAGAUUGUCAGCGAACUCCAGUGAGCUACCAGGAAUGAGCUCUUCUGUUUUCGAUGUGCGGUCAGUCCGCUUCGUAACCCGCUGCACGUGAGACAGCGGAGAUGUUCUGCUCGUUUUGAUGGCAAUG